AUGUGGCAGCGGGCAAAACAACAAAGCAAAGCCGGCUUCGACAAGGCGUGGGGCUGGGCCGACAAGCUGGGCGACCCGGUCAACAAGCUUUCAAACAGGCUCGGCUCCGAGGCCUUCUGGCCCAUGACCAUCGACAAGGAAAGCGACAAGGCCGCCCGCAUCCUGUCAAGCUUUUGCCAGGACGGUGUCGAGAAAGCACCUACCUCAUCAUCUCUCGACGACAAGCAAUCGGGACCAAAGGGCAAGCAAUACGUCCUUAGAAAGAUCCCGCCAGAGGUCAUCCGCAACGCCGUCGGCCUCGCCAUCUUCACCACCAUGCGCACCGGCCUGUCCUUCUCCGGCGCCGGCGGGUCCGGCAUCCUCAUGGCCCGCCUCCACGACGGGUCGUGGUCGCCGCCGUCGGGCAUCCUCCUGCACACGGCCGGCGUGGGGCUGCUGGUCGGCAUCGACAUCUACGACUGCGUCCUCGUCAUCAACACGUACGACGCCCUCGACGCCUUCUGCAAGCUGCGCUGCACCGUGGGCGGCGAGAUCAGCGCCGCCGCCGGCCCCGUCGGCGCAGGCGGCAUCGUCGACAGCGAGGUGCACAAGCGGCGCGCGCCCAUCUUCACCUACGUCAAGAGCAGGGGCUUCUAUGCCGGCGUGCAGCUGGAUGGGACCGUCGUCGUCGAGCGCGCCGACGAGAACGAGCGCUUCUAUGGGGAGAGGGCGCCUGUCGCGAGGAUUUUGACCGGCGAUGUCGGACACGUGCCGAGGGAGAAGCUGGAGCCGCUUUGGGAGGCUGUGGGCGUGGCCGAGCGGGGAGGAGAGCGGGCUGAGACCAAGUUCAUGAUGACGCCGGAUGGGUCGCCGGUGGAGGGCUAUGUCCCGCCGCCGAGGAAGGGCCACCGGGUCAUGCCGAGUAUUAACUGA